ACGGUUACCGCUAUCGUCGGUGGCGACGAUGAAACCGACUGUGGUCUCAGUAAUCCCGCAUUACAAACUGAGGACAAUGACGGAGUUAUAAUAGCUGAAACACAUAAUGAGGAUUUAAUUGACUCGAGCAUACUGCGUGUGAAGAUACCACGGCUCCCUGGCGAUGGCGCACAUUCAGUGGAUGAUCAACGCACAGUCAAGUCAUACCCCUCCGCCACACCGACCAAGUCAUGCGCUGUCAGUUCGAAGCGACCCACAACGGACAUUGACCGCAUGCGGGUAAAGAACACCCCGCUGCGUGUGCAAUCCGUUCGCAUUGUAGAGCAGAGAAUGAAGCUCGGUCCGAAAAGACGCACCGAAAGCUGCAGCAUAUUUGGAAAUACGAGCAAUUAUGAUUGUGAAACAGAGGAGGGAAAGACGAUAUCGGAGCCAAGGCCACUUAACAAUCAAACUUAUGCAGCUUUCAAGAGUGCCAACGUUGUCAAGGGAAUUUUGUGUCCAUCUCUCACGAAUUCGUUCAAGCAACAUUCGCUGGAACGUUCAUAUCUAACGUACACUCAUCGUCAGCGUCAAAAGUCACUGAUCAUUGUCAAUCUGGUUAAUUUUAUGCUUAAAGUGACGCUCGUAGUCAUUUGGUUCAUUAAAGAGAGCAAGCGUGAAGGCAAAGUGGUGAGUAUGCAGAUAUAUUGCGUAACUUUUCAUAUGUGGAUCCUUUGGCAGCCACUCUUAGUCAAGCAGAAAUUGUCAAUGUUAAAGUUAUAGAUUAAGAUAAAGACUGUAACUAACUUAAUGUUAUCUCUCAAUUCUGAUAUAGUUACAACUUCGCGCCCUUCAUGCUUUAAUUGAUAUAUAUUUUUAUUGAACCCUGAUUCUUAUAAUUAAUAUUACUAAUUCGAGGAUUCUUAGAUCAGUCAUUAUUAUGUUGGCCCGAUUUUUCAACAAAUAUAAUAAAGAAUAGAAUUUUACAAUGUUAGGUCCACUGGUCUAUAAUAUUUGUGAUCAUUUCCAAAAGAACAUUGCAAUUAAAAUAUCGAAACUGAAAUUUCGAAGAUCCCUUGAUACACCUUUGAUCCAAAAACAGCAUAUGUUUAAAUAUUCAAUGAAACUAAUAUAAGUAAAUGGGAUUUAAAGGAAAUAUAUUCAUAAAUAUGAUGAAUCAUUGUUCUUUAGGUUGCAAACAAAUAUUAUUUAAUACAGAUUUGCUUCACACCGUCGUGUCACCAAAUCACAUGAUCCAUUCAAUUAUUUACUUUUAUGCUAUU